GACUGAAGCUCCAGCAGCACAUUCCUGCCCCUAAAGCUGGAUCACUGCAGCUCUGGUCCAGUUUAGACCCAGUUCUGGUCCAGUUAGUGAGCCCAGCUGCAGGUACGUUUGGCUGCAGUCUGAAGAUGAAGCUUCUGCUGCUGCUGAUCCUGAUGCAGAGAGCUGCAGCCCAGCAGAGAGGUCUGUUUCCAGCCAUCCUGAACCUGGCCAGUAAAGCAGUAAUCAGCAGUAAUGCUACCUGUGGAGACCCUCAACCAGAAAUUUACUGCAAACUGGUGGAACAUGUUCCAGGAAGAACCAUCAAGAACCCGCACUGCGCCAAGUGUGACGCCAAUUCUGUCCUGUCCAAAGAACGUCAUCCAAUCACUAAAGCCAUCGAUGGAACCAAUCAGUGGUGGCAGAGUCCCAGCAUCAAGAAUGGACGACAGUUUCACUGGGUCACCAUCACCCUGGACCUGAAACAGGUUUUUCAGGUCGCCUACAUCAUCAUCAAGGCAGCCAACUCUCCCCGACCAGGUAACUGGAUCCUGGAGCGUUCUCUGGACGGCGUGUCCUUUGACCCGUGGCAGUUUUAUGCCAUCAGUGACUCGGAGUGUUUGACUCGUUACAACAUGACGCCCAGACUGGGACCUCCCACCUACCAGAGAGACACCGAGGUCAUCUGCACCUCCUACUACUCCAGACUCAACCCGCUGGAGCACGGAGAGAUCCACACCUCUCUGAUUAACGGCCGACCCGGUGCUGAUGAUUUGACAUCUGACCUCCUGAACUUCACGUCGGCUCGUUACAUCAGACUGAGGCUUCAGCGAAUCAGAACACUCAACGCCGACCUCAUGACACUGAGUGCCAGCGACCCCCGUGACAUCGACCCCAUCGUGACCAGGAGGUACUACUACUCAAUCAAAGACAUCUCUGUGGGAGGGAUGUGUAUCUGCUACGGACACGCCCAGAGCUGCCCGCUGGACCCCGUUACCCAGAAGCUGCAGUGUAAAUGCGAACACAACACCUGUGGGGAGAGCUGUAAUGAGUGUUGCCGUGGUUACCAUCAGCAGCCAUGGCAGCCAGGUACCAUCUCCGAGGGAAACACCUGUGAAAAGUGUAACUGUCACAACAAGUCUCUGGACUGUUUCUUCAACCAAACCGUCUCUGAUCUGUCGCUGAGUUUAAACUCUGACGGCGUUCGUCAAGGAGGUGGAGUUUGUAUCGACUGUCAGAACAACACGGCCGGCAUCAACUGUGAGACAUGUAGGGACGGAUACUACAGACCUGCUGAGGUGUCUCCAUUGUCUGAGUCUCCCUGCUCUGAGUGUCGCUGUGAUCUGAGAGGAUCCAAGUCUUCAGUCUGCAGCAGAGAUGACACACAGCCAGGUGUAUCUGCAGGUCAGUGUGUGUGUCAAGAAGGGUUUGCAGGUCGACGGUGUGACCGUUGUGCGUUUGGAUUCAGAGACUUUCCUUGGUGUGUUCGCUGCAAGUGUAACCUGUCAGGAAGCACCAACACUAACCCCUGCAGCCCGUGCACCUGUAAGGUGAACGUGAUGGGAGCUCACUGUGAUCUGUGUAAACCAGGUUUCUACAACCUGCAGCUAAACAACCCUCUGGGCUGCACCGACUGUUUCUGUUUCGGUGUGUCUGACGUCUGUGAGAGCUCUGCCUGGUCCACAGUACAGGUGGUUCAUACAGAUGCUUGGCUCCGCCCCUUUCACUCCCUCCACAACCACCUCGUUCUCCAUGACAACGACCUCACCAUUCCCAGCAACACCUCCUCUGGCUCCUCCCACCAACAGGUGCUGCAGUGGGCAGCACCUGACAGUUUCCUUGGCAACAAGCUGGUGUCCUAUGAAGGUUUCCUGAACUACUCUGUUUUUUACGACGCCCCAUUGGACAACGAGGACCGCUCUCUUCCCGCCCACUGUGACGUCAUCAUUGAGGGCGACCGUCAGUCUCUUCGUCUCUCGCCUCCUCUCUUUCUCUUCCUGUCUCCGCUGGCUGAGCGACCUGUUGCCGUGGCGAUGGUCCCGCAGAGAUUCGUGGACCAUCAGAAGGGAGUUCCUGUAACCCGUGACGACCUGCUGUCGGUCCUCGUUGGAGUUACGGCCUUGAUGGUCCGAGUCCACCUGAACGCCUCUGCCGACGGGCCGAUUCGACUCCACUCGAUUUCUCUGGACGUUGCAGACUCUGGUUCGGUUUCUGGGGUUCCAGCGGUUGCCGUGGAGACGUGUGAAUGUCCGUGGGGGUACAGCGGCACUUCCUGUGAGGCGUGUUCUCCUGGAUUCUACAGAGUGGGUGGAGUCAUGUUUGGAGGGAACUGCAUGCAGUGUGAAUGCAACGAUCAUGCCACCGAGUGCGACGCCAGUGGAGAGUGUGUGGGCUGCACACACAACACCACCGGCCCACACUGCAAUGAAUGUCUGCCUGGUUUCUAUGGCGACGCCACCGAGGGGACGGCCCAGGACUGCCGCCUGUGUCCGUGUCCUCUGACCCUGCAGUCCAACAGGUUCAGUCCCACCUGUGUGCUGGACACGUCUGGACAGGUGUCAUGUGACCAGUGUCAGGACGGAUACACCGGGAACACCUGUGAGAGGUGUGCCAGUGGUUUCUAUGGUAACCCCCAGGUUGUGGGCGGAGCCUGCGUUCGCUGCGAGUGUAACGGGAACGUGGACGUCAGUGAGCCGGGACACUGUGACACCAUCACUGGGGAGUGUCUGCAUUGCCUCGACAACACAGCAGGGGCACACUGUGAGGUCUGUCGGCCCGGUUACUAUGGCGAUGCCGUGCACAACAAGGACUGUAAAGAGUGUGGCUGUGAUGUUAGCGGGGCCAUCUCUAGUUUUUGUGAUGUCACAUCCGGUCAGUGUUUGUGCAGAGAGAACGUGACGGGACGCACCUGUGGGCGCUGCCAGUCGGGGUUCUUCGGGCUGCAGAGUGGGCGUGGCUGUCAGCCCUGCCGCUGCAGCCAGUUGGGAUCUAUCUCUGAGUCAUGUGAUGAGGAGGGGCGGUGCCAGUGUGUGGAGGGCGUGGCCGGAGACAGGUGUGACCGCUGUAGCCGUGGUUACUAUGGUUUCCGUGGCAGCGGCUGCAAAGCAUGCACCUGUGAACACACCAGAGGGAACUGUGACCCUGAGAGUGGAGAGUGUAUCUGCCCCGCCCACACAGUGGGACACACCUGUGACAGGUGUGAGACAGAUCACUGGGGUCACGACUCCAUCACAGGCUGUAAGCCCUGUAAUUGCAGUGCAGCAGGAAGCUCCGCCCCCCAGUGUGAUCUGACCAAUGGGCAGUGUCUGUGCAGAGAGGGCUUCUCUGGCAGGUCAUGUGACCGCUGUGCCCUUGGUUACUAUGGUUACCCAGCAUGCUCAGCGUGCGGCUGCGACCCGGCGGGAACUGACCAGACGUUCUGCAACACGACGCUGGGAGUGUGUGGCUGUCGACACACCGGGGAGUGUGUGUGCAAGGCCGGUGUGUCGGGCCGUCGCUGUGAGGAGUGUGUCUCUGGUCGGUUGGGUUUGUCUGCUGAGAAUCCAGACGGCUGCUCUCGGUGCUUCUGUUCAGGACUGAGCUCAGACUGUGAGGAACAGGGAGGACUGACCAGAGUACCUGUAACCCUGUCUGACUCUCCUGGUCUCCUGUCAUUGGUCAGCCAGUCCAACCUGCAAGGUGUUGUGUCUGGAGUUUACCAGCAGGGCGGCGACAUGCUGCUGGACACUCGUCAGCUCAACAGCAGCAGCCUGUCUGGUCCUCUGUACUGGAGGCUGCCUGCUCAGUUUGAAGGAGACCAGCUGCUGUCGUACGGAGGCCUGUUGUCGUACUCCGUCACCUUCUACGCUGAGGACGGGUCAGGACUGUCCAAUCUGGAGCCUCAGGUGCUGAUGAGGGGCGGGGCUCUGAGGAAGCUGGUCAUCUACACCGACAUGGUCGCCCCUGGCAACGGCAUCAGGACUCAGCAUGACAUCAGGCUGACAGAGCACCAGUGGAAGUACUUUAACUCGGUUUCUCUGACGGCGGUGAGUCACAGCGACUUCCUGUCCGUCCUCAGUAACGUCCAGUACGUCAUCAUCAAGGCUUCAUACGGGACCAGACUGCAGCAGAGCAGGAUCGCUAACAUCACAAUGGAGACGGCAGUGGAGGCGGAGUUAGGGGAGGAGUCAGAGGGUGUCCCUGGGGGCGUGGCCAGACUGAUCGAGUCGUGCGUCUGUCCACCUGGUUACAGUGGACUGUCCUGUCAGGAGUGUGCAGCAGGUUACUUCCGUCAGCAUCAGUCUGAGCUGUCCUCUCACAGUCAGAGGUCCAUGUCAGUUCAUCCCUGUGUUCCAUGUCGCUGCAACAACCACAGUGAGAGCUGCAACACAGAGACUGGGGACUGUCAGGACUGUCAGCAUCACACCAGUGGGCGGAGCUGUGAGCUGUGUGCCCCGGGGUAUCAUGGGAACGUCAGCGGCUCCAUCAGCGACUGCUCACUGUGUGCCUGCCCCCUGCAGGACAACAGUUUCAGUCCCACCUGUGUGUCUGAGGGAGUGUUUGGUGAUUUCCGCUGCACUGCCUGUCAGACCGGCUACGAAGGCAGAUACUGUGAGAGGUGUUCUGUUGGUUACUAUGGAAACCCCUUGGUGUCGGGAGGCGUGUGCCAACGCUGUAGCUGCAGUGGGCGGGGCUCCCUCCACCCUCAGUGUGAUGUUCUGACUGGACAGUGUGAGUGUCGGCCGGGCAACACGGGAAGGUCAUGUGACCAGUGUGACGACAAGCACGUCCUGCAGGGGGCAGAGUGUGUGUCCUGUGAUGAUGACUGUACCGGUGUUCUCCUGGAUGACCUUAACAAACUGAACCACCUCCACCUGUCUGUCAACCUCAGCGGUGUUGCCAUGGCGACAUACCGGCAGCUGGCGUUGCUGCUCAAUCAGAGCAGAGACCUGCAGGUGAGGCUGUCAGAGAACAGCUCCAUCACGGUUCACCUGUCCAGAGCGGAGGACAACCUACAUCACUUGACCUCUGACAUCAGCGCUGUGCUGAAGCAGGUCAGUCGUCUAUCUGAUGACCUGGUGGAAGUGGGCGUGUCCACCAACAGCAGCUUUUCCCAGGGUGCACUGCUGCUGGAGAGCAUCGGCAGCCUGCAAGACAGCAUUCAGGUCCUGCAGAGGGAGGCGGGGCAUCUGAAUCAGAGCAUGGACGAUGAGCUUGACUCAGCCAAUCAAACGCGUCUGCUGCAGGAGGUGAUGUCACUGUUGGAGACCAUCAGAGCUGUCAAUCUAACGGCUGCAAUGGCAACAGCCAAUCAAGAGCUCAGCCUGUCAGAGUCUCUCAUCCAAUCGCUGCAGCAGGACCUCCUGUCCAGCAGGGCGGCGCUGGACAACAGGCUCCGCCCCCUCUCUACCGCCAUGACUGUUGCCAUGGCAACACUGAACCACGCAGAGACACACCUGAACAGCGCUGCACAACAAAACACAGAAACACACACUCUGCUGGACAGCACACACAUUCUGCUAUACCAGUAUGAGUCUGCCCACCAGAACCUGUCUGCUGUGUUUCUGUCUGUGGACGGACUGAUGGAGGACAGUCAGCUGCACCUGGAGGAUGCCAUUGGUCUGACAGAAGAUUUAACCAACAGCAGCGCACAGGUGGAGGUGUUGGACAGCCAGUUGGAUCAGUGGCGCCCCCUGCUGAGGAGACAGGUGGAUGAUUUGGUGGUUGGACUGAAGCAGACAGAUGCUCUGGAGAAUGUUUAUCGCGCAGAGAACCACGCCCACCUUUUACAAAGCCACGCCCACUCCCUGUACAGCUCGCUGGCAGUGGUGUGUAAUACGUCCCAGAACGGCAGCCAAUUGGUUGAGCUGGACAGUGACAUCACUGAGCAGGUUUACUCCGCCCAGCUGAUGGCGUGGACCGCCCUGGAGUCCGCCUCACACGCCGCCAACAUGAGCGUCCAAUCAGAGCAGACACUGGCGGAGGAGGGCGGGGCCAAACUGAACAUGAGCUGUGCUGUGUUGGAGGACAGUCGAGGGAUCGGUGCAGCAGCUGAAGACCUACAGCUGAAGGUUUCCAUGGUGACCAGCAGGUUGCAAUUGGUCAGAGACGGUGUCGGUAACUCCAGUCUCCUUCUCCAUCAGCCAAUCAGAGAGCUGCACAGCCUGUCUACUGGUUGGUCCGUGCCGUUGCAACGGGCUAAGGUCCAGACUGCAGCGCUCCAGUCCGGCCUGCGGGGGGCGCUGCAGCGGCUGCAGACACUCACACAGCAGCUGAAUGACUCUUCUUCUGUGGUGGAGAACACCAACGCCACCGUGAGGGAGACCAACCAGCUGGUGGCUAACACUUAUUCUACAGCCAAUGACGCGCAGCGGAAGCUGGAGGAGGCGGAGCAUCGGUCCCGGCAUUUGAUGGACAGGAUCAAGCCGCUGAGCAUUCUGGGAGAAACGCUGAGCAGGAACCUGUCUGACAUCAGAGAGCUGAUCGACCAGGCCCGCAGACAGGCAGCGUCGAUAAAGGUGGCGGUGCAGGCAGACAGGGAGUGCGUUCGCUCCUACAGGCCACAGAUUGAGUCGAGUAACUUCAACACUCUGAGUCUGAUCCUGAAGACAAGUCGUCCCGACAACCUGCUGUUCUACCUGGGCAGCAACACCACGGUGGACUUCCUGGCCGUAGAGAUGCAUGCUGGGAAGGUGUCUCUGCUGUGGGACGUGGGAUCAGGUGUCUCCAGGCUGGACUUCUCUGGACUGGAUAUCACCAACAACAGGUGGACGAGAAUCAAUGCCACACGGUUCGGGGCCCGCGCCGCUCUGUCGGUCCAUCAGCUGGACUCUGAGUCGCCACCGUUGCCCAUGGUAACGGCAACAUCGCCGGGAUCGUCCCGAGUUUUAGACAUCGACAGAAACACGGUGAUCCACGUCGGAGGGCUGGGAGCAAACACACAGAGCCCUGCAGCGCUGAGGACCUCCAGCUUCCAGGGAUGUCUGGGAGAAGCUGCUCUCAACGAGAUCAACAUCGGCCUCUGGAACUAUGACAGCACAGAGGGGCAGUGUGGAGGCUGCUUCAGCAGUCCCCAGGCGGAGGAGACGUCCUUCCACUUCGAUGGUUCUGGCUUCUCAUUGGUCCAGAAGUCUCUGAGAGCGACUUCCACGUCCAUCGUGUUGCUGUUUAAGACUCUGUCUCCGGACGGAUUACUGCUGUACCUGGCCUCCAACAACACGAGGGACUUCCUGUCCAUGGAGAUGGUGGGGGGGCGUGUCCGUCUGACCUUUGACCUGGGCUCAGGUGCUCUGAUCCUGACGUCCAACAGGAAGUACAACAGCGGAGUCUGGUUCAAGAUCACCCUGCAGAGGAACAGACGCAAAGCGUACCUGUCCAUCAUGGCGGCCGACCAAUCAUCUGAGAAGGAGGUUUUGGAGGCAGAGUCUCCUGGAACGGCCUCCGACCUGAACCGCUCCGACCUCGACCCCAUCUACAUUGGAGGACUUCCUGCCUCCAGACCAAUCAGGAGACAGGUGGUGUCCAGGUCGUAUGUGGGCUGCAUCAAGAACGUGGAGAUCGCCAGGUCCAACUUUGACCUGCUGAGGGACGCAUUCGGAGUGCGGAAGGGCUGCGUACUGGAGGCGGUCAGGAGUGUGUCGUUGUUGGACAGAGGUUUCGUUCAGAUCGCUCCUCCAUCAUUCGGUCAAGAGGCGGAGCUUCUCUUCUCCUUCUCCUCCAACAACCAAUCAGGAGUCUUGCUGGCUGCCUUCACUGAUGAUCAAGCUCACAGACAGUACUUCCUGUCUGUUCACCUGGACUCAGGUGUGCUGGAGGCGGAGCUUGGGGAAGUUGGCGGGGCCAGUCGUAGAGUAACAGUGAUGAAACCUGAUGGAGGAUCCUUCAGUGACGGAAAGAAACAUUCUGUGAUCGUUGCAAUCAGCAGAAAGUCUCUGUCCAUGCAGGUAGACGAGGACCAAUUGAAGUCUGUCUCCCUGUUGCCGGGCGGAUUUUCUCGUCAGUCUCCAGCCUCCUUCUUCAUUGGUGGGCUGCCCUCAGGUGAAGAGUCCCGUCUGCCAAUGAUGCUGCAGCGUUUAUCCGGGUGGUUCAGAGGCUGCAUCCAACACCUGGUGGUGGGCGGAGUGCUUGUCGACCUAUCAGGAGCUAUGAGGUAUGAAGGGGCGGAGCUCAACAGCUGCCUAUUGGAGGAGAAGCGGGGGGCGGUGCUUCCUGAUGAUCAGGAUGUAGAACCGACACCUGAUCCCACUCACCUGUCUGUAGCCCCUCCCACACACCUGAGCGCCUUGACAGCUGGAACGCUGACGUGUUCUUCAGAGGCUGAACCAGCCCUCAUGACAUCAGCAGCUCAGUUUGGAUCGUCUCCACACAGUCACAUGACUUUCAUCAUCAACCCCGCCUCAGUCCGGAAACGGCUACUGCUGAGGUUGUCCAUCCGGACCUGGGCCCUGGAUGGGUUCGUCCUGCUGCUCUCAGACUCCAAACAGAUGGACUUCGUUGUCCUCAGAUUGAAUGGGGGGAGGGUCCUGAUGUCAGCUGACCUGGGCAAAGGCUCCGCCUCCAUUACCUCAUCUGUUGCCGUGAACGACGGAAAGUGGCACAUCGUGAAUGCGGAGGUGAGUCGGCGGUUGGUGUCGUUGUCUGUCGACGGUUCGAGUCCCAAAUCUGUGUCAGUCAAAGGAAACCAGCUGGACGUAGACAACAGACUGUAUCUGGGAGGGUUUCCUAACACCGCCACCAGCAGGAGGAUCAAUGUCAGCAGCAGCUUCCCGGGUUGUGUUCGCUCUGCCAGUCUGAACGGCGCCUCAUUGGAUCUGUACCAGCCAGCCUCUCAGUCUGAUGUGGCUGCCUGCUUCACCAAAGACCAAUCAGGGAGCUACUUCAACGGCAGUGGAUACGCUGAACUGAUGCACGAUGGAUACAAGGUUGGCUCUGACAUGGCCGUGUCGCUGGAGUUUCGAACGAGCCAAUCAGAGGGAGUGUUUGUGGGAAUCAGCAGUGCAAAGGUCGAUGCUGUGGGACUGGAGAUGAUCGACGGACAGGUGGUGUUUAACGUCAAUAACGGUGCUGGUCGGGUGUCAGUACGGUCGAUUGGCCAAAUGCUGUGUGAUGGACGGUGGCACCGCCUGCUGGCCAGAAAAACCAAACACAACCUGAGUCUGAGUGUAGAUGGGCGGAGCUACACCGCCCCCAACCCCUACCCACAAUCCACCUCUGCUGAGACCAACAAUCCCGUUUACCUGGGAGGAUUUCCAGUUGGGGUCAAACAGAACUGCCUGUCGAUCUCUUCCAGAUUCAGAGGUUGUCUGAGGAACCUGCAGCUCGCCAAGUCUCACCUGAGCACCGCCCUUUACGUUAGCUCCGCCCACUUCCUGGUGGGCGUGACUCCUAGUUCGUGUCCAGUAGCCUAGCAACACUUCCUGUUUGUUUCAGGGGUUGUGGUUGUUGUUGUUGGAGCUCCCUGUUGUGCAGCGUUCAGCUUUUUAUCUGAUUGUAGUUCCUGGAUGUUCUCAUCAUCCGUAAAUAAAGACCUACCUGCA